CUAUUUUAAGCUUCAUUUCGUUUGAUAAAAAUUAGUUUGCUGUUUAGAUAAAUUUAUUGUUCAUCAACUGUUUGUGUUUAGUUAAUAAUUAAUUAAUAUUAAGUUAACAUUAUACCAACCUUUAAAUUUUAACAAAUCAGUCACCCUGACAUGGAGAGAUUUUUUAACCUUCCAGGAUUAAGUGGCAUUUUAACACAUAGAUUUUUUGUACCUGUGAUAAUAUCAACGUUUGCUGUGGCUUACAUUUACCGGAAUAAGAAACAAAUUAAAGAACUUGAAGACAAAGCUGCAAAUGAUGCUGAGAGACAAUCUGGAUGCUGCCAAAAUGCUUGUGGCCGCGGAGACGAUGCUACCGAGAACAAAUGUUGCUCAGCUGUAAAUGUUCCUAAUGGCUAUCAAUACCAACCUUAUGUGAUUAUUAUUCUUUAUGCUACACAGACAGGUACAUCAAGAAAAUUAGCUUGCUUAAUGUAUGAAAAAAUUAGAGAUCUUAGCUGUUCUGAUAAAAUCAAGCCAAUACUAGUUGAUGUAGCUAAUUUUGAUCUGAAAAAUUGCCUGAAAGAGCAUGGAGUUUCUGGUUCUCGUGCAAUAUCUCUUGUCUUCUUUGUCUCUACCCACGACGAUGGUAAUCCUCCUACUUCAGCUGCUGAUUUUUUUUCAAAAGUAAAAGCUGGUUAUUAUGAUGAAGAGAUGCAGAAAAUCACGUUCGCAAUCUUCGGCUUAGGAAAUUCUGUUUACAAAGAUUUAUUUUGUAAAGCAGCUAACGACUUUGACGAAUUAUUUAUCAAAAGUGGAGCUGUAAAAAUUUUCGAUACUCAGCUUUUUGAUGAAGACAGUGGGAACGACGUUCUUAAAGUAGCAGAAUCAUGGUAUAGCCGUGUACUUGCCAAUAUUGACCUUUUACUUCAGUCAAGUAAAGCUAAAGCAACUUGGAUCGAUCAGAUCGACGAAGAAGUAUUAUUUGCUACAGAUGAAUUUUCAGACCAACAUGAAAGCUCAGAAGAGGAAGACGACUAUGAAGAGGACGAGCAUAAUAAUCGCGAUGAUAUUGGGGACAUUGAAGAUCUAGUUGCUUUACCGGAGAAAAACAAAGUUUCUAAUGGUGAUGUUAAAGAAAUGACCAAUGAAAUCAUCAGAAAAAAUCUCACCAAACAAGGAUAUAAAUUGGUUGGUUCACAUUCUGCCGUCAAAAUGUGCCGUUGGACCAAAUCAAUGCUUCGAGGUAGAGGAGGAUGCUAUAAACACACCUUCUACGGUAUUGAGAGUCAUCGAUGCAUGGAAACAACUCCUAGUCUUGCUUGUGCCAAUAAAUGUGUCUUCUGUUGGCGUCAUCACACAAAUCCUGUUGGAACUGAAUGGAAAUGGCAAAUGAAUGAACCAGAGUUUAUUGUCGAGGAGAUUAUAAAAAAUCAUGUAAAAAUGAUUAAUGAGUUCAAAGGUGUACCUGGUGUGUUACCUGAAAGAAUUGAAGAAGGUUUCAAAGUGAGACACUGUGCCUUAUCCCUUGUUGGUGAACCAAUAAUGUAUCCUAAAAUUAAUGAAUUACUUAAAUUACUUCAUUAUAAGGGCAUAUCAACUUUCCUAGUCACCAACGCACAAUUUCCUGAAGAAAUACGAAACUUGACGCCCAUUACACAGCUUUAUGUCUCUGUAGACGCCUCAACUCCCGAAGCUUUGAAAAGAAUCGACAGGCCACUUUUCAAAAAUUCUUGGGAUCGUUUCAUAUUCAGUCUUGAGGCUUUAUACCACAAAAAAAUUCGAACCGUGUACAGAUUAACAUUGGUUAAAUCUUGGAAUACAGAUGAGAUUGAAAACUAUGCCGACCUUGUCAUCAAAGGUAAUCCAGAUUUCAUUGAAAUCAAAGGUGUAACCUUUUGUGGAACUAGUAAAGCGGGAAAAAUAACUAUGGAUAAUGUUCCUUGGCAUGAAGAAGUUGUUAAAUUUAGUCAAGCAUUGGCUGCUGAAAUCGACCAUGAUUGGGAAAUAGUUUCCGAACAUGAACAUUCAAAUUGUGUCCUGAUCGCUCAGAAAAAAUUCAAAAUAAACGGAAAAUGGCAUACAUGGAUUGAUUUCGAUAAAUUCAUCACCCUUGUUAAACGUUAUUAUGAUAGUGAUGGAAAAGAAGAGUUUGAUGCUCUCGACUAUGCUCUUGAAACACCAGAAUGGGCCUUGUUUGGUUCGAAAGAACAAGGUUUUGAUCCAAAAGAAAAAAGAUUUAACCGUAAAGCCAAAGUGUAAACUGCAGAAUCUUGAAUCCACAUCCAUUCCUCCAAUCUCAGUUUUUUGCAUUAAUUUACAGCUGAUCAAGUAUUUCGAUAAUUGUAUAAAGUUGUAUAACAUAUGAAAUAACAAUCGAUCGAAUUCGAUUUCAAACCCAUAAUCUCUAUUGAUUAUAAAUAAACUUUUUUCACGUUAA